UCUCCGUCGAAUUCAUCCUCCACAACCGUCCUGUCCCAACACUGGGUGAGUUGGAAAAUGGGGAUUAUGCCGUUUCGAAACCCUAAAUCAUAACACGGUCUACUUACAGCUGGAGUUCGAUGAUAUCACCGACCAAUCCUAGAACUCCUCCACCCUCUCCGCGAUGGGACCGACCGCUCCACGCCCACCAGCGUUCCUGAAGGAACUCCGGACAGGCCAUGAGCCUCUGGUCACGCGCGUACAACAUCUCCUCGGCCGACCUCGUCGUAUCCAAACCAUUGUCCUUGGGUUUCUCGCCUUCAUCGCGUUUCUCUUCUUCACUCGGUUCCCCCACCGCCAUGGUCGCUCCAAACCCGCCGAACCGUCCGGCUUCAUGUCGCAUCUCCUUCAGGCGGCUGGACAAGAGCGACACCGCAUGGAAUUGGGCACCGAGAUUCCGAUCCCCGAAUCCGCGACCCCGUGGCCCUCGAACUACACGCGCAUCGUCGUGAUCCCGCACAGCAAGGGCGAGAACAUUUCGUGGAUCUACACCGAGCUGCGCGAGGUGCCGACGGCGAUCUACGAGAUGGACAAUCCGGUCGCGCCAUUCCAUGUGCCACAGAAUAAAGGACGCGAGGCCAUGGCGUACCUGACGUACAUCAUCGACAACUAUAACAAGCUACCCGAUACGGUGCUGUUCUUCCAUUCCCACCGGACCGCGUGGCACAACAACAUCCUCUUGAACCUCGAUUCCGCCGAGACCAUCAAGCGGCUGUCCGACGAGCGGGUGGUCCGACUCGGCUACAUGAAUGCCCGAUGCCAAUGGGAGCCGGGGUGUCCGAAUUGGCUCCAUCUGGACCGCCCAGAAAUCGACUACGACGCGUAUAACAAGCCCGAGGAAGCGGAGUUCAACGUCACAGUGUGGAGGGAACUCUUCCCGGAUGAACUCCCGCCGCCAGCGCUAUCCGCCCCGUGUUGUGCGCAGUUCGCCGUGUCGCGGCGACGGAUCCACGCCCGGCCGCGAUCGCAGUACAUGCAUUUGCGAAAAUGGCUGAUCGAAACGGUGUUGACGGAUCACAUCUCCGGCCGCGUGUUCGAAUACAUCUGGCAAUAUAUAUUCACGGGCCAUAGUGAAGUGUGUCCCUCGGAAUCGUCGUGCUACUGCGACGGCUUUGGGAUCUGCUUCGGGGGGGACAAGAAGUUGAAGGAAUGGAUGUCGCUGUUGAAGCAACGGGAAGGGCUGCUGAUGAAGUUGAAACGAAUCGAUGAAGGGGAGAAGACGGUGCGGGGGAAGAAGAGCGACUUGGAGAAAGAGGUGCGGCGGCUGGACGGAGAAUUGGAAUAUUCGAAGCGGAAAGCUUUUGAGCGCGGUCAAGACCCUAUGAACCGAGCCAUGGAGGCUGAGAAGGUUUUUGGCUGAAUGUUGAAGGCAUGGCCUUCUUUUCUUGUACACGGAUUUCUGGACUCGACUAUGGAAACGGACUGGGAAAAACACACCCUGUGUGAUUGUGGGAUAUACCUCCGUUGAUACCCCUCGUGAGAUGAAUUGGCGUUAGCGAAUCUGUAAUAAGUCAUGACUAGGCACUAAUGCGCAUCACCAGCGAGAUAGGUACAUAGACUGGGUAAAUCGAGACAUAUUGGCCGUUCGGAAUGCAAAACGUACACGAGACGAUCGAGUGGUG